GGCCCUCCUCGGGCGGCCACCCACCCACCCACCCAGCCAGCCAGCAGGGGGACGGAGUGACGGGGCCCGCAGAAAAGGCACGGAGGCGCGCACUCCGCCCCCGGCCUCCAGGAGGGGCCUGCAGGAGCUCCCCCCAGACGACGGGCACCGCCAGCUGCCUCGCGGAGUGAGGGGUCCGGGGCGCCCAGCCUCGGGGCGGGGCCUCUCCCGGCGGGGAACCAGCCGGGGCUCAGCCCGCGCAGACGCGGCCCCUCCCCCUCCCCUCCCCUCCCCUCCCCCUCUGAACUUGCGCCGGGCGUGGAGGGCCGGCCGGGGGGGGGGGGUUGGGGGACGCGUGUUCCACGCAUGUGCAGCGGGGGAGGGACGCCUGAGGCCCCGGGGGCGGGCGAAGCCUCUGCCUGCUCGGGGGUCCUAGUCCGGCGGCGGCGGCGGCGGCGGCGGCGGGAGCGAGGCGUGGGGAGAGCCAAGCGCCCCCCAGUCCUGCUCCGCAGAGGGGCUCCCCGCCGCGCCCCCCUCGGCCGCCAGACCAGACCGGAUCAGCCCCGCCGCGCCGAGAAGGGCAGCGCAUGCGCGGAACAGGCCGGCCGAGGCCCUCCUGCGAGGGAUUGUGGGAGGCCCAGGAUGCGGGGAGUGGAGGAGGAAGGGGCUUCUGCGGGAGCAGAAGCGUCUGAUUUGAGAUGGCAAAUCAGGGCCUGCUGAGAUGAGCACAGGUGAGGAUGACCUGCUUCGCAUGCCAGGCAGGGGUGGGAAAGCCGCGCAGGCGGCUUCUGCUGCUGCUGGUGGUGAGAACAAACCAGCUAAACCGACAUCAGAUCUGGAAAGGCCGGUUUGUGGCAGCCCUGCCAUCACAGACAGCACGAAGCGAUUCAGGCUCAGCAAUAGCCAAGAACAGGCCACACUAGAAGGCCCUGGGCUGUUGCAGCCAAAAGCCAGAAGAGCACCUGGCCCUUCAUUUACCGCAAACGAAGCCCCCCAAAAGAGUAUGUUCUCUCUACGGCUGACUAGAAGUAAAAAAGAAAAACACAUUCCCCACAACAACCCCUCCUCACCAAAUGCAGAUGCCAACCCUAAAGGAGGAAGGCUUACCUCAGUGGCCAAAGAAGAUGGUGCAUGCCAUGUGGAGCAGCCUCCCGCAGAGGUUUCACAAGCGGUUCCACCCACCCAAGAGAACAACAGCAAGGGGGAAGUAAAAUCAUCAGCCAGCACUUCAUCUCUGGGAUCCUCUGUAGAUUAUGAGGAGGACCUGUACCGGGAUGCAGAAGAAAUAGAGAGAGAGAGAGAGUUACUUGUGUGUGGGGCAGGCACCUCAGUUUUUCCAGAAAAUAUACUAAGUGUUGCACCAGAAGUAGAUAUCAUGGAUUAUUGCCAGAAGGAAUGGAGAGGAAACACCUCAACUGCCAAGCGUAUGAGAAAGGGCUAUGAGGCUGUUUCACAAAACUUCAUUUCGAUCAGGAGAGUGCGAGGGGACAAUUACUGUGCAGUCCGGGCAACGUUGUUUCAAGUGCUCAGCCAAACGCUUCAGCUUCCUGACUGGCUCCGAGGCAAGGAGAUUUUUCUGCUGCCAGAGAAGUUGAUGGCCAAAUGCGACUGGAUCAUGGAGUGGCAAAAACUAACUGGGAAGGCAGAAAAUUGGAUUGACGAAAUGAAAGAAUGUUUACUGUUACUAAAGCAAAAGUGGGAAAGCAUAAGCGAGAUGAAGACUCUCACAGAGAGGCAGGCUGCUUGCGAUGAGCUUUUUAGAGGUGAAGAGGACGAGUACAGCCUGUAUGAAGCUGUGAAGUUUCUCAUGCUCAACACUGCUAUCAAGUUGUAUGAAGACAACGAGAAGGGGCUGGAGGUGCCUGAGUUCUCCUGGCUUCUGUUUGCUCGGGAUACAUCCAGCGACCCCUUUCAGCUCAUGAAAAACCAUCUGGAUCAGCUUGGGCACACAGGAGGCCUGGAGCAAGUGGAAAUGUUUCUCCUGGCCUACUCUUUGCAGCACUCCAUCCGUGUUUAUCGACUGUAUAAGUACAGCACAGAUGAGUUCAUCGCUCUCUAUCCCAGCCACCCAGAAGAGGGCUGGCCGGUAGUGACCCUCAUAACUGAGGAUGACAGACAUUAUAAUAUUCCUGUCAGGAUGUGCGAAGAGACUAGUUUCUAAAAUGACAUUAUGUACAGGUGUAUAAACUGAACAAUUACAAGGCAGAUUUUACCAUUUUCUGAUCAUAUCAGUAUUUAUUGGCAGUAGAAGGAGUUGUGAAAUUAAACGGACAAUUCUUGAUAAUGCUAAUUUGAUUCAUGAAAAUUCAAGCCCUGCUCCCCUUUCUCCUGUCAGAAUCUGUCAACCCCCGCAAUAGCCAGACUCUCGGGUUCAGCAGUUUGCUUGUUGACAGGAUGUUAUGACCAGCAUACAAGCAGGCUUUGCUGGAACUGUUAAUAUCACUCUCCCACACAUUCCUCCAACCCCCCCCCCCCCCCCCCGCUUGGGAUCCCGGCGGUGUCAAGCAGUGAAAAAUCUCCAAGGCCAAAUCAGACAUAAGGCCAGGUGCUGACUAGCCCAAAGGAUGAGAAAGUAACUGCACACCGACAGCAAAAGAAAACAAGCCUGGGGUUCCCACAUUGCCACCUGCUCCCAGCACACUCCGUAGUCUCAAGGCAAGAACCAGGGAAGAGAUGAAACUUUUAACAGGGCCUUGACAUCUCCUAAGGCUGGCUGAUUCCUGCUUCUAAAGAGAAGGAUUCUUCAGAGAUAUGCAGAAAGACACAAAUAGAAUGGUUGACUUCUCUAUUGCAAAGGGGACCCCUGUGCAUGCUUAAAGGAUCCAGAAUUGCCUCUAGUUUGUCUGCAUAUGCAGGCAAGUGCUAAGUACCUCAGAGAAACACUAGGUGGAGACUUGAACAGAUUGGUUUGGCCUCUGACAUGUUAAAUCCUGCCAGCAGGGCAGGUCCCAUGGGGGGCCAGCUGGCCACCGUUCAGGUUUUGCACAGCAUGGCCUGCCGGGGUAGCCUGCCCUGCUGGCGCUCCAGCAGGUCUCCCAGCCAUCCCCCAUAGGCCGCAUGCUAUGGCACCACCCCAGGGUGGCCGCUGAUCUGCGACUGCUCUGGGGUGGUGCCAUGGGGGGAUUCAGCUGGUUAAGUAGCGGUUCAGUAGAACUGGUGCGAACCGGCCGAAUCCCACCUCUACAUUCAUCCUGGUUUCUUUAGACACCUCCCAUUUUUUCUCCCAAUGGGAACCUUCAAGAUCUCAUUUAUAAGAAACUCCCAUCCAUCUUGUACUCUUAGUAUUCUUAAUCAUGUGAUCACACCCAGUAGUUUAAGUUUACUGAAAUCAGCUUUCCUAAAGUCUAGAACUCAGGUCUGACUAGACUUGGCAUGAUCCCCUUUCCUUUGUAUAACGAAUUACAGGAGAACAUGGUCACUCCCACCUAAGGACCCUACCACUUCCACCCGAUUAAUCAGGUUAUCAUUGUUGAUUAGGAGCAAAUCAAAAACAGCCAAUCCGUUUGUUGCCUUGUCCACCUUCUGGAUCACAUGUGUCAAACUCAAGGCCCACGGGCCACAUCCGGCCCGGCAUACUGCGUAACACUUCAAAUCCCAUUGUCCGGCCCCAGCCCCGGAAGCCGAGGCGAGCCGGGAGGGGGGCAGCCUUACGGGGCCAAAUGGCGCCCAGAUGCAACCCCCCCCCACUGGCUGCCCCCCAGCAUGGAACACUGCUUACUCACAAGUAAGCCCUGCUCCCCAGCCCCGCAGCCAGGACAACUGACAUCCCAGCUGCUGGGCAGGAAGAGGAGCCAAGGGCAGCCCCUCUUUGCAGCCCAGCAGUCAAGGUGCCAGUUUCUCCGGUGGCUUCUGGGCAAGAAGGAGAGCCCACGGCAGCCCCUCUUUCCAGCCCUGCAGCUGGGACACCAGUUUUUAUUUAUUUUGGAAUAAUAUCCUGUGUUUCGAUGAUGUUCAAAAAAUGUUUCGUUUUAGUCUGCUCAAUAAAUGUUUAUCCUGUUUGGUCCAUGA